AUGGCUACCAACGGCGAUUUCUCCGACGAGGGGUCCCAGCCCGGCUCGCCUUUGCUCGACGCCCACAACGCCCGCGGCGAGGUCGAGGACCAGGAACCUCUUGAGGAGAAGCCCGUCAAGUCCGCGAUGAAGAAGACCUCUGCUCCUGCUCCCCAGCAUAUGCGCCCAGAACUCCCCGAGCAGCCCGAGCCUUCGACCCUCGAUCUGUCCAAGUUGACUCCUUUGUCGCCUGAGAUCAUUUGCAGACAAGCCACUCAGAACAUCGGUACUAUCGGUCACGUCGCUCACGGUAAAUCGACUGUCGUCAAGGCUAUUUCGGAGGUGCAAACUGUUCGUUUCAAGAACGAGCUUGAGCGCAAUAUUACGAUUAAGCUCGGUUACGCCAACGCGAAGAUUUACAAGUGUGACAGCCCCGAAUGCCCCCGGCCAACAUGCUACAAGAGUUUCAAGAGUGAGAAGGAGGUCGAUCCUCCUUGUGAGCGCGAUGGAUGCACAGGUCGUUAUCGUUUGUUGCGUCAUCUCAGUUUCGUCGAUUGCCCCGGUCACGAUAUUCUCAUGAGCACUAUGCUUUCAGGUGCCGCUGUUAUGGACGCCGCUCUCCUCCUGAUCGCCGGAAACGAAACUUGCCCUCAACCCCAGACUUCGGAGCACUUGGCUGCUAUUGAGAUCAUGAAACUCAGCCACAUCGUUAUUCUCCAGAACAAGGUCGAUCUUAUGCGCGAAGAAGGUGCGCUCGAGCACUACCAGUCGAUCCUCAAGUUCAUUCGUGGUACCGUCGCUGAUGGCUCCCCCAUUAUUCCCAUCUCCGCUCAAUUGAAGUACAACAUCGAUGCCGUCAACGAGGCCCUUGUCAACACCAUCCCCAUUCCUCCCCGUAACUUCGAGGCUUCUCCCCACAUGAUGAUCAUUCGUUCCUUCGAUGUCAACAAGCCCGGCGCCGAGAUCGACGAGCUGAAGGGUGGUGUUGCUGGUGGUUCCAUCCUGACCGGUGUCGUAAAGCUGAACGACGAGAUUGAGAUCCGUCCCGGUCUUGUCACCAAGGACGAGCAGGGCAAGAUCCAGUGCCGUCCCAUCUUCUCCCGCAUUGUCUCCCUCUUUGCCGAGCACAACGACCUCAAGUUCGCCGUUCCCGGUGGUCUUAUCGGUGUCGGUACCCGUGUCGACCCCACGCUUUGCCGUGCCGAUCGUCUCGUCGGUUUCGUCCUGGGUCACCGUGGCCGUCUCCCUGCUAUCUACACUGAGAUCGAGGUCAACUACUUCCUGCUCCGCCGCCUUCUCGGUGUCAAGACCGCCGACGGCAAGCAGGCCAAGGUUGCCAAGCUCGCCAAGAACGAGGUUCUCAUGGUCAACAUUGGCUCUACUGCCACCGGUGCUAAGGUUCUCGGUGUCAAGGCUGAUGCCGCUAAGCUCAGCUUGACCAGCCCCGCUUGCACGGAAGUUGGCGAGAAGAUCGCCAUCUCUCGCAGAAUUGAGAAGCACUGGCGUCUCAUUGGAUGGGCCAACAUUGUUGCUGGUAACACCCUUGAGCCCGUUCAGCAGUAA